AUGUCUGUUUCUACUCAAAAUAACGGUCAGCCAGAUAUCUUCACCGUGUCGUUACCAUCUGAAAAGGAAUCGGCAAGCUCCAAUCAAACAACAACAGAAUCCAACCGCAGACACAGUAUCAAUGUAGAUCCUAUAUACUCUAGUGAUUUGUUAACCGAUAAUUUAUUAAAAUUUAAAUGCAUCGAAGAAUCACGAUAUGAAGUAGUAGCGCAAAAUGUACCAAUUAUAACUGAUGACAAAAUGCAAUAUUUAACAUUCAGGACAAUUGUUUUAGGCUUAUUACUUACAGUAAUCAUGGCAAUAAUGAAUACAAUCUUUUCAUUUAGAAGAUUUCCACUCAGUCUUGAUGUUAUCAUUUUUCAACUAAUAUCAAUGCCAAUUGGUAGAUUUAUGGCAAGUAUUUUACCAAAAAGUCCAAUCAAAAUUUUUAAAUGGAAUAUUUUGUUAAAUCCAGGACCAUUUACCAUUAAAGAACAUGCACUAGUCACUGCUAUGGUUGCUGUUAACGCUGGUACAAAUUAUGCAAUUUAUCAAGUUACGGCGUUAAAUAGAUACUAUAGUAGGCCAUUACCAAUUGUAACGGGCCUUUUCUUAGUUCUUACAACGUCGAUGACUGGUUAUGGAAUGGCAGGCAAGUAUUCGCUUUGA